AUGCGCCAGUCAAAACGAUUGCGACAUUCUGAUAGUCAUCAAAACUGGGCACACAACGACAGAGAACCGAAUGUUAACUUGUGUGAGCCACACCCUUUGGAUGACGCGGACGCAUCCGCGAAAGAAGUCGGCAAUCGAUAUCUUGAACCCGUUUAUGGUGGCGCAACUCAAGCAGCUGAACCCAAUAGGAUCAAUCUGGGACACAUCAAUAAUCUACCCGCACCCGUCAACCAAAGAACUGCCAAUGGAGCGCAGUUCGAUAAUGCCGACGGCAUCUCUGCCUGUUUCUCUACUCAAGGUCAAGCCCAAUUCACUGAAACUUUGUUGAGUGAUUCAUUUCAAGAUCUUGCAGCUUUCAUGGAUAAUCACACUCCAUUCACAGAAGACUUUGCUUCAUUCAUCUCCCCGCCGCAAGGGCUCGCUUGGGUAGAUCCGAAUAUGGAUCCAGUAUCCACUAGCUCACUUCUUGGACUAGAGUUGAAGGUAGGCGAGGCGGACACAUUCUCAAGACUUGGCUCUCGAUUACCAUCUUUACAACCAGAAGAAAGAGUACCACGGGCCUCGCGAAUAGCUUGUGGGGUCAAUUUGUUUGAGAGAAUCAGUACCCAGACUCGGGAUAUCCUCGUUGCCAAGAUGGAGGAAUUCACCUCAGUGGUGCCCGAAAUGUUUCAACUGCCAUCCAGACUAGCUUUGUCGCGAUACUUGACGGCCUAUGUCAAGGGGUUUCAUGAGCACAUGCCUUUCCUUCACAUUCCUACUAUUUCAGGGGAGGGUUGUGCUAUCGAACUUGUAUUGGCCAUUGCCUCAAUCGGGGCGCAGUAUUGCUUUGAACCUGAUAAAACAGUCCAACUAUUCCAGGUAAGUCAUGCCAUUGCAAGAGAACGUAUCAGGAGACGAGAUGCUUUCUCGGUGCCCUAUUCAAAGAGUGCUCGCCUUGAUGGAUCUGGGGACAUGAUUAACCAUCAUUCGGUUCAAUAUGAACAAGAUGCAAUACAAACCGCGCAAGCCCUGUUGCUACUCAUGGCCGAGGCAACGUGGUCCAACCAUCAGACAAUUUUGCGUGAAGCUCUUGCUAUCCAGAGUAUUCUGGCCACUCUAGUUCGCGAUGAUGGUCUUAGAAAUAUACCACUGUCACCAAAUGCUACGUGGGAAGACUGGGCAGCAUAUGAAAGCACUAAGAGAACAAAAUGGAUUUUAUUCUGCUUCUUCAACUUGCACACCAUUGUCUACAAUAUCCCAUCUCCCAUCCUAAGCUCCGAUGUUGACGGGAUGCUACUGCCGUGCUAUGUUGCAACAUUUCGAGCAACAUCUGAAGAAAAAUGGUUCAAUCUGAAAGAUAACGAACAUGACAUCUGGUUCAGAGACGCAUUCUCCAGCCUGUUUGAGGCAAACCUCAACACUGCCCAAACUGUGCCGAAUUCUACACUGGGCAACUACAUUCUCGCCCACGCAUUGAUCCAGCACAUUUACCUCGUCCGUGAAAUCUCCCGCCAUCGUCGAAAAGACAUACCAGAAGAAGAUAUCGCAUCCAUCGAGACUGCACUUCGAAACUGGAAAUCAAUGUGGAAACAUACCCCGGAUUCUAGCAUCGACCCUUCAGAACCUGCGGGCCCUGUGUCCUUCAACUCAACUGCUCUCCUACGGAUAGCGUAUAUCCGACUCAAUGCAGACAUUGGGCCUGGACGUGCGCUCCACACGCGUAAUCCGACGCAAAUCUCCAAUGCAUUUCUCAAUGCUCAAAUAAUAUCGAGAACACCAAGGCUUCUCCGCGCUGUGUUACAUGCUGCGCACGCCUUAAGUAUCCCUAUUCGCAUUGGCGUGCAUCUUGUCGCACAGACGCAAACCUUCAGGUGGUCUAUUCAACACUCUCUGGCUACUCUUGAGUGUGCUUUUUUGUUGAGUAAAUGGCUCGAAGCGUUAUCGUCCGUUGCAGGAACUCAGACCAUCACUCCGGGCGAGCAUAAGAUGGUGAUGCUGGUGAAAACAAUGUUGGAUGAAACAGACUUUGCGAUUCCUGUGGCCUUCACCAUUGAAUCACCCGCUGGAAUGAAGUUGCUAUCUGCCAAUGUCUUGCGAGUCUGGGCAAAGGUGUUUCAUGGACCGGCACAAGUUUGGGCCAUAGUAGAUGUCGUGCGAGUCUCCUUAGAGCUAUGUGCAGACUUGGUUGAACACAAUUAG